AUGGAGCAGGUUCAAAAGGUGGUGCUCCCUGGAGAGCGGGAAGCGGCCCAGAACAACGGGCGCUUCCCUGCCGCGGAGCGUCGCCCGGAUGAUUACUCGCCUGAGCCUUCGCCGCAAGAUGGCGGAGAUACCGAUCUGUACUACCACGACGACCCGCAGUGCCCCUGCUACGUAUGCACCAACGGGGUGAUGGAGACGAAGUCGACCCUGGCGAACGACGACACGUCCACGGGCGUGGAGUUCGCCGUGCGCUCGUUCUGGCGCAUAGCCAAAACCCAGAACGACGUGGAAUCGCCGAUGGAAGGCCACUGCAGGGGGUUCCACUACAAGCUGCUGCUGCACCCGCGCGGCACCGCCGGCACCGACAGUGAGGCGAGCCACCUGUCUGUCUUCGUGGAGGCUUCGGUGCAGGACUGGUACCCGCAGUACUGGGUGUUCCCGAACGUCCGGUUCGAGCUGACGGUGGUGAACUUCAAGGACCCGAAGCAGUCGGUGACGUCGUGGGCGCACUGGAGCUUCUCGAGCGACGCCACGAGCCGCGGCUGGCAGAAGAUGAUAUCGCACACCCGCCUGACGAGGGCGAGCGGUUUCAUGGACGAGGAUGGCACGGUGCUGGUUAGGGGCAAGGCUGAGCCGCCGUACCCCAUGCUGUGGUCCAACUCGCCGCUGUACCACCCGCAGAUGAUGUGGGAGUACAUCCCCAACAGGGCGCAGCGCGAAAUAUCGGCCGAGGCGCACGAGGAGAAGCACGCCAGCGGUAAGUGCAAGCGGUCGGCGUCGCUGCCCGAUCCGGUCCCGUGCCACCCUACGUGCACGUACGAGUCGCACGCGCCCAUGUGCAAAAAUGCAGCCAUCGACCUGCCCCACGGCGACCCUCCCUACGCCAUCAGCGACAAGGAGCGCGAGAAGGAAUUGAGGGCCUUCGCGGACGCGCAAAAUGUGCACCGGAUAUACGCGAAGGCGCAGCAGAAAGUGGGCGAGCCCGCGAUGCAGCCCGCCGACAUCCAGGGGCAGACGCCGCCGGCGCCGCCGCUGCAGCCCGACCAGGGCGAAUUCUCCGCCGACGGCCCCGCGAACGACGAAUCCGACGGUUACACGGAGAUCAACGCCGAUGAUACGCUGAUGCAUCUGCAACCGGACGAGUACCCGGGUGUGUCUAACCACACCAUCCUCCGUUUCCUCGACUCCGUGAUACCGGCGGUGCAGCCCACGCUCGACGCGGACCUGCUCGCCCUCAUGACGCACAUUCUGUACCACAUCAGGGAGUUCAGGAAGCGCGUGCUGAUGUGGAACCCGCCGGAGGGCAUUGAUGACGGCAGCAGCGGCGGUAACGGCAUCAUCGUUGCGCUGCAGAAGACCUUCGCGUACAUGGAGCUCUACCCGCUGGCUGCCGCCUGCAAGACGUACAAGCUGGCCGGCAUCGAGAACCAGCAGCUGUCGAAGUACUACCUGUACGAGCUGCUGCCGAAGCUGCCGAACGUGAAGAAGGGGUACGGUCUGCUAGACUACAGUGACACCGCCGCACUGGGCAGCCUCAGCGGCCUCGACAAGUCGACCAGUUCCAGUUUCGAGAGCAACUUGCAGCAGGGCGCGUACGGCGGGCGUGGCCGCAGCCCGAAGACUGGCCCGUGGAACAGGGUGCACAUCCCCACCCCCUUCCCGCAGCCCAGCGACGCGAAGGGUUACAACGCCGGCGAUGGCGACUUCAGGCACCCGAAGUGCUGCUACUUCGACGGGGGCCGGUACGAGUGGGAGCUGAAGCACCGGCUUCCGCGUGAAGAUGAGGAUGCCGAGGAAGCGCCUGCCGAGGUGCAGCGUGAGCAGCGUGAGGACCCGGACACCAGGCCCAGCAAGAUCUUCGGGACCUCCGACGUGUACAAGCCGAACUUCAAGCUGCUGCCGGGCACGCUGAGCUUCAGCAUCGGCAACCGGGGCGACGUGUUCGACAAAAUCCUGCCGCCGCCGCCGAACAUCAAGCUGCUGCUGAAGGCGAUGCACAUGAGCGACCUGCAGGUGCUGGAGACGCAGGACCAGCUGAUAAACAUCCACACCGAGCUGUUCAGCAUGAUUCUGAGGGACCUGGCGGCGGCCAAGCGCGCCAUAAAACAGAAGCGGCUGACGGAGCAGAAGCUGGCGCCGACGUCACCCAACUCCGGUCUCCACCCAGGCGCGCCGGCCCCCCCGGCGUGGGAGUUCGCGGACAAGACCGAUCUUGAGAUGACGUGCAAAACGCUGUUCUCCGGCACGAGCUACCGCUACGGGCUUUUCCACCACAACGACGUCAACGAAAUCGCCAACGUCUACAUCCGCUGCAAGCACUCGCACUCGCUGCAGAAGGCGCUUGAAAACACGACCAAGACGAUGACCAAGUACCCCGAGGUGCUGUUCUUCUACCUCUACCCGGCGAAGAACGCCAAAAAGGGCGAGCUGUUCGACAUCCCGCUGAGGCUGGACUGCACCAACCUGCGCGACGGCUCCGCCUUCAGGAACGGCACCGUCGACGUGAGCGCUGCGGCGGCGGGCCAGAAGGGGAGCGGCCAUGGCGACAACACGUGCGACUCCGGCGGGAGCGCGGGCGCAGUGGACUACGGCGGGUACUCCGACGAAGAGGACGAGGAGGAAGAGGAGGAGGAAGACGACGAGGAGCAGGACGACCUGGGCAGUGACGGUUUCGGCAACUUCGACGGCGAUGGCAAAAAGUCCAGGCACCCGGCCCACAUCAAGUGGUACUCGCUGUACGCCCUCAUUCUGCGCGAGGGCGACAUCAGGUCGGACGGCACUGGGAACAACGGCGGGAAUUUCCACUCGCUGCUGCUCAGGCCCGAGGAGGACGGUCCGUGGUACCGCAUCGGAGAGGGCAGGGUGGAGAAGCUGUCGACGAAAAUGGAGUUCACCGAGUGGAAGUGCCACCGCGACUUUUUCUGCGCGGCGGCGAUUUACGUGGCCGAGGAUUACAUUGACAUGUUGCAAGUGGGUGAGAUCGACCUCAGCGGCAACAUAAAGACGUGGAACCCCAAGCUCUACUACGAGACCCUGCAGCAGCUUGGCGUGACUGAGCAGGACAUCGCGAAUCCGGCGCUGGCCCUCAUGGCGCAGAAGCACGCCGAGCCCCCCAUUGCGCGGCCCUACUACAACGAGGAGGAGCUCAUGACGCCGCGCGGCUCCGCGAGCCCGACCUACAUGUCGCCGCGUUCGCCGAGCAACGACGCGGUGACUGCCAGAGGCAGCAUUUCGGAACCUGCCGACACAGCGUCGGAGGACGUCGACCUGGUGCCAGUGGCUGAGCCGGCCCCAGUGCAGAAGGACGAGUUUGUCGACGUCAAGACCCUCCUGGAGGACGACACGGAAGCGCUGGACAUCAGCAACGUCGACAUCAUAUACAACCGGAAGGUCGGCCAGAGGCACCCCAAGCUUGGGCCGUGCUGCGAGGCGCAUGGUUACAGCAGCAGCGCGCUGAACGACAUGAACGCCAAGGAAUACGCCACGAAGGUGUUACAGCCCUCUUCGGCGAAGGAGGUCUGCAGGCGCAUCAACCGCGCGGAAACGAUAAGGCCGUUCAUACGGUGGCUCUUCCACGCGUCGAAGGAGAACACGACGGUGCUCAACGGCAUCAAGCUCCCCGCGGACGGCAAGAUGCUCGUGAAGUUCCUGCAGCAGCGUGAGCGGUACUUCGAGGAGGAGUUCUGCCACCUCAUUUGCGAGGUGCUGCUGAAGGAGAUCGGCGAGCACAUGGCGCUCAACGCGGUGUACAGGUGGGAAACCGACAAAUCGUGGUGCGGCUGCGGAUGCAGGCGGUGUGAGAAAACCUGCCCCGCGAUGCUACUGACCGAGAACGGCCGCUUCCCCGGCGAGGAGCUGAAGGCGAUGCUGACCGAGCCGUCGACCAUCCUGUUCCGCAACAUCCAGAUUCUGCGGUGCCACCUGGAGUACUUCUGCAAGGACUGCAGGAACCUCAGCAUGCAGCUGAAGGACGAGCAACGCGUCGCUGACAUACGCGAGUUCAAGGCGACGUCCGAGAGGUCUGCGCUGUUCCUCAUCGAGUGCAUCUGGGACGCGUGCGUGCGAUACACCCACGACUGCCGGACGAUCCUGUACCUCAAGGCCAUCUCUGACAACCCGAGCGCGACCAUGGCCGAGCUGGGGCUGAACAAGAUGAGCUCGCUGGUUAAACCCAGCGCGAUCCCCGCCGCGAAGCAAGCGGGCUCGCUCAACCAAGCGGUGGACCAGUGCCGCGACCUCUUCGUUUUCGACGGCACGCUAUCGCAGAAUGCGGACCUGCUGGAGGGCGAGCUGCUCGACUACUACGACACCAAGUACGAUCUGACCAUAGCGGAGGAGCUGCGGAUCAUGCGCUACUUCGCCGCGAAAUACCAGCUGCCUACCGUGGCGCAAAUGCGCAAGUUCCUGCGGGAGAACCACAUUUUGGUGUUCUGCUACAUCCGGCCGCACGAGCUACUGCGGGCGUACCUGGAGGUGAAGAACCCGGGCAUUAGGGUGAAGGAGGAAAUGGAGGCCAUGCUGCCCAGCAUCAUCUGGAACGACGCGGCGUUCGAGCAGCGCGUGUCCAUAAGCUCGCUCACCGACGAGGAGAAGGCCGGCUACGGCAUCGACGUGGCCAACGUCAACAUCGGCAACGGCGUGGGCCACAGCCUCUGCGACAUCUACGAGCAGCUGAUCACCAAGAUGCUGCUGCAUAUGCAGGACGCCGAGCGCGGGCUGGGCAGCCAGGUGCUGGACUACAUUUACACGUGCGGCGACGUUGCGAAGGUCGUGGGCGCUAUAGAGUUGGAGUGCAGGAGAACCAUCGCCAACAGCAACCUGGUGGUGAGGAGCAAGAGCCUGGAGGACAGCUGCUCGUGCAACGGCAUCGCGGGCGGGUGCAAGGUGUCGCCUGUACUGGGCGGCAGCUCGUAUUUCCCCGACUUCGGGCUGUCCAGGGGUCCGUUCUCUCUGGACUUUGUCGAGAUCGCGCACAGCGAGCCCUGGCCGUGCGGGCUGAGGAGCGAGUGCGCUUCGUUCACCGAGGAGGUCUCGGACAUCACUGCCAAGCCGGCCGACGCCAAGCGGAAGCAGAAGGCCAAGGAGCGGAAGAAGACCGUUGACACCGGCGCGUGCAUAAUACCGCCGCUCGACCAGGUGCUUCGCGACGUGAACAUCAGCCAGAAAACUGCGCACGCGGCGGACCCGAAGCUCUUCCCAGAACUCACUGAGGUCAUCAAGUACCCCAACGGCGCGCACUGCCUGGGCAGCACUGGCGCCCUGGCGAAGCUGCGCAGGUGGGGCGAAUACAACUCGCUGCUGUUCCACCAGACGCUGGGGUAUGACUUCAACGUCGCUGGUGGGUUCGCCUCCAUGCUGAAGGUCGAGAACUACGGCUCCAAGGCCACCGCGCACCCGCUUUUGGAAAGCCGGAAGUACAACGAGGCGCAGUCGCUGCGGAUCAAGAACGCCCUGGAGCUUGGCAUCGUGACCACGCACGACCUGUCCGGUUGCGAGGGCUUCGCGUCGGAGGAGAAGCUGGUGCCCACGAAGCGGCUGCUGGUGUACCAUGAGUACGUGAGCCCCAAAACGGGCAAGAAGGUCCCCGUCAAGGUCGAGCAUCUGUACUGGGGUCUGCGAAGGCUCCUGCAGCAGCAGGUGCCGGCUGACGUGGACAGUGUGUUCGUCCAGGCCAGCAAGGGCAAGAAGGCCAAAGGCAGCGCCAAGUGCAUCUGCGGCGGCCGCUGCGAUUCCGACGAGUACGAGUGCACCUUGAACAUGCGCUGGAAGGCUCUGCCUCGCGAUUGCUUCGUGCUGUAUGCCCUGAGGCCGGACAACAACAACCCCAUCAGAAGGGGCAGACGCCGAUUCACGUUCAUGCACCCCGACUCCGAGCUGUCGCAGUACGUCGACGGCACUAAGAAGCAGGUGAACCCCAAGACGCCGGACCUGGUGGUGCUCAUCGUGGGCGCGCCGCUAUCCCUGUGCAGCACCCCCUCGACGCCGUUCCCGCUCACCGACGACACCGACUACCCGUUGCUGCUGUUCAAGUGGAUGUGCUCCGACUCCGUCGACCUGAUAUGCUACGGCGCGGUGAUUUGCGACGCCAAGAAGCAGCUGCAGCACUACAUCUUCGACUGGCUCCUGCCGCUGGUGAGGGAAACGGGCAUGUUGCCCAAGCUGGCGCCCAACGAGAAGGAGGACAUUGAGAAGUACCAGAUUUUGGAGGAGUGCAGCGUGAGGACGGUGCAGAACGUGCGCCGCUGGAGCUGCGCAAUACGGAAGAUCAACAAGCGGACCGGCGAUAUCAUCAUCGCGCAGGUCAAGAGGCUCACCGACUCGCCGGCCACUCUGAAGCUCAGGGAGACGACCGCGUUUUUGCACACCCUGCGCGAGAUUGAGGAGCUCGAGGCGCUGGAGUACCUCCCGCCGGCGGUGCACGUGGACGACAUUGUGGACCCCGGCAAGGCCAAGGUGGACUCCAUCGAGCCGCUCCCCAAGGCUGUUGAAGACCCCCAGAAGCUGGGUAAGAAGAAGAAAAAGAAGAAAGUGACCAAAACCGCGAUCCCCUCAAACAAGAAGAGCACCUUCUCCAAAUCCAUCAUCCCCGUCGAAAGCGAUUCCGAGGGCAGCGUGGCGGAGCCGUCGCAGCAGGAAGACACCGCACCGUCCGCCGAGGAGACGCUGGCAUCCGAGCCGGAUGUCGAAAAAAUUACUGAUGUGGGCGUCGCGGGCAAGCAGCCAGACUCGGGCGCCCCUGCCAAGGAUGACGAUGAGGAUGAGGACGACGAAGACGACGACGAUGACGAUGAUGACGAGGAGGAUGACGACGUCGAGGAAGCCGAAAGCGCCUCCGCCACAGUCGUUGAGGAAAUGCGCGAUGAGCCGUACGCCGAGGAGGCGGCUGAAGUGGUUGAUAUCGCUUCCCUUGUCGACGACGCUAUAGCAGCCGUGGCGUCCUCCAGGACCGUCGUCGACCGGUCGGCUCUGGAGAAGCGUGGCCUUCCCAGCGGCAGGAUGCAGGACUUUUUGCAGAAGGUCGACAUGCCCAACCUGCUGUCGAACGACUCCGAGAUGGUCACGCAGAUGUGCGGGUACAUCCAGAAGGUGAUUGAGGGGGAGCUGGCGCUGGUUGUACCACCGGUGAGCUCGCCCUCCAGGGACCAAAUCGUCAUCACUGUGGGCUCCAAGGUCCGCACGUGCAUCGACAUUCUGCUGUGCCUGAUCCGGUGCAUGAACAAGAACGGGUGGCUGAUUAGCAGCUUCAGGAACAUCAUCAACGCGGUGUACGACCAGGCGCCGUUGUCGGCAGCGGCGAUGGCGUGCUACAUUCUGUCCGCGAUGGGCAACAUCUGCAUCAUGGAGAACAUGAAGUCCAAGCCGGCUACGGAGUUCGUCCGCGACCUCGUGAAGAAGAUGGCCGACCAAUGCGUCGAGCACGCCUGGAGCGUGUUCGGGUCCACGGACGAGAAGUGGACCGUGACGUCGAUGCUGAUGUGCCUGUACAUCUACUCGGCGGCGAACGAGAACAUCGCCAAGAUCUGCGACCAGAACCCUUCGCUCAUCUUUUUGAUGCACGUCGUGAGGGAGAAGCUCGCCGGGGUCCAGGAAGCGGACGAAGAAGAACGUUCGGCCCCCGUCACGUUCAGGAUGGACGCGUUGGAGCGGUUCCUCGGCGGGCCCGGCUACGCCGCCGCCGUCACCGCCUCCCUUGCCGACCAGGUGCAGAAGGCUCCGGGGCUGAUGGCCGCCUUCAAGAACGCGCAGCCGCCCUUCAGCAACGACGAGCUGCUCAUGGCGUUUGAACGCAUCACGCUGCAGGAGCAGAAGAUCUGGUGGCAGACGCGCGAGGCGCUGCUGGCCAACAUCAAGGCGUUGCUCGAGCACGGCGUGGUGACCUUCGUCGCAGUGAUGGGCGACGCGGAGUCCCAGCGGAGCCGGCACGUCGACAACUCGCUGCCGCUUGAGAUCUCGCUGGCCGAGUUCAAGUGCCUGCAGCAGUGCUGCAGCAGGUACCCGAACGAUCUGGGCAUCGCCACUGCCGGCGGCCUCAUCCACGCGGGCCCGCGCAGCGCCAUCAGCACCGGCCACUACCACCCGGCCGGCGACGCCGCGUCCGUGGUGGACGCCGUGGCCGCCCUAUCGCAGCUGGUGAAGUCGCGCAGCCGGCACCGCGCCGUCGCAAACGUCGCGCUCGACGAGGGCGACCAGACCAGCGUGUUCGCCAGCCUGGACGACAUGCGGCUCUGGGGCAACCAGACGACGCUGGUCAUCAUGUCGGUGCGCCUCUCCGGCACGCUGGACUCGGUCUCCACGGCGGACGUGGACGCGAUCCUGCAGCACUACUACGCGCGGACGGUCAGGACCAUCCCGCCGCCGCCCCGGCUGCCGCCCCAGCAGCCCCAGAUGGUCGGCAACCACGUCUAG